AUUGAGGCUAGUUACUCAGCUCACUGAUGGACCCUCAUAAAACGCAGAGUCCACUAGAAGAGAGAGACAUGACAGACAGAGAGAGAGAAUAACCACAGUAGUGGGCUGGAAUGACACUUUCACUCUUGACAGGACACAAUCAACCUGACCAGACAGGAAAGAGUUGCUAUUUUUUUGUUUCAUGAUCUGUAAAGUUUCCUCGUAAGGAGAAUGCACGGAUCUGGAUUGCUCCUGUUGUCGCUGUGUGCCGGCUCUCUGGUGACCCAUAGUGGUGCGUUCGGGAAUCGAAGGCUGUGCGGGACUCAGCUCGUGGAAGCGCUGCUGCUUGUCUGUGGUGACAAGGGUCUCUUCUACCAGCCUGGCAGGCGUAUCAGAGAGCACAGUUUCCGUGUAAAGAUGAGGAACAGCGCCCCCUUCCUGCGGCAGACUGGAGUGGCUGCUCAGAGUGCAGAGAUAGGCACUGCCAGAAGCAUUGUUGCAAAGAGAGGCAUUGUAGAGCAGUGCUGUCAUUUCUACUGUGACUAUUAUGACCUGGAGAAUUACUGUAACACAUAGAGAAUCUGCUGCAUACACUUCGCCUGAUAAU